CCGUCCGGCAGCCAUUGCUCGCAGUCGCCGCAGCCUCGCACGCGAUUCGGACGCCAUCCUCUUGAUUCCGCGCCGGCGCUGGCCUUCCUCCCGGCGCCACCGCCGCUACCUGCCUCCCUCCAUCCCCGCGCCGAUUCCUUCUUCUCCCGUUCCCCGCUGCCCCGCAGAUCCUGUGCGCCGCCGCCGUGCUCGUGCGGAGCUGCCGCGGCUCGCCCGCCUGCCUGCUCCACCGCUCCGGCCCCAUACUCUCCACGGAAUUCCGGCGUCCGCAGAAAAGAGUGAGAGCCUCUCCCUGCUCACUCUUUGAUACGGAGUAGUUUAGUCUUCUAGUCCUACUACCUUCUGUACUCGCGCACUGUGCUGAUUUCAGUUGUUCGAUCCCUCAAAUUGUGAAAUGCUUACCAAAGGGAGGAAAGUUGCUGGAAGGGCCCAAGACAUCUCUGCACAUUAUGCAUUUGGCCCACACGAGGAUGAUGCGAUUAUUAAGCACCGCCUUCUGACUAGGAUCACAACUACUAGGGGUGAACCACCCCUAAAGAAGCUUCAGAAGAAGUUCAUAUCCUUCACCACUGAGAUCGAGAAAGAUGCAGACAAUUCGAGCGACUGUGAGAAGCUGUACAAGGCCUUUCUACAGGAGAUUAACACCUUUGAGCUGCCUCUUCUGAAAAGCAAGGCUGUGGUUGAUGCAAAUAUUAGGGAGAAGGAGAGCUUUGAUGGGCUUCAGGUGGAGAUACAGCGACAGAUCUUGCAAGCUCAGACUGAUAUUGAGGAUCUCAAAAAGCAACUUGAACAAAGCAAGAUUGAGAGGCAGCAUAAAGAGGAGUGUGAAGCGAUCAGGAAACUGAUUUGCUUGCAGCCUCCACGGUCAGAAACUGAGAAACUUAUUGCUGAUCUUGAGAAGGAGAUUGCUAAUUUGGGGGCUGAAACAGCAGCAUGUACAAGGACUUUGGAGCUUAGGAAGAAGCAGUUUGCUCUUCUUCUGCAUGUGGUUGAGGAACUGCAAAUGUCGAUAGAAGAUGAGCAAAGGAGCAUAGCAGAUGAGCUGAGAGUGGCCAACGAAGAGCCUAAGAUGAGCAUAGAGGAAGGCAGCGGCGGUGCUUCAGAUGCUAUGGCUGUAGACUGAUAAACGAUCCUAGCACUGGCGAGUUGCAUAUGGCGCCCUGCACACUCAGACAUGCUUCAUAAUCUAGGCACCGUAGUUUCUUCUUUGUAGGAGACCACCUGUGUCAUUGCUGUCGUUUCCUACAACUCUGAGCUGUAAUCGACAGCGGAACUCUUUCCUUUCUUGUCUGUAAAGGAAAGGCAGAAUUCAUUGUGAUGUAACAUCUCCAGGUUUUAAUUUGUAGCUGGUGAUCUACUGAAACAGCGGAGUUGACGUUGUGCUGCUUUUGUCUGAACAGUGAAUGCAUUUUUGUUGUCUGAAA